GUGUCAACAUGGCGGCAUCCAUGGCAUCACAAGUUGCAGCAAAGGGACUGAGGACAGCUACCUCCAAACACGUUCUUCUUGACAAAUUAAAGAGCACCUGGUUGAGUCCCAGGAGAUGGCUGAAUCUGCAGGAGUAUCAGAGCAAGAAGCUGAUGCAAGACAGCGGCGUGACCGUCCAGCGCUUCUAUGUGGCAGACACAGCUUCUGAGGCUCUGGAGGCAGCAAAGAGACUGAAUGCCAGGGAGAUCGUUCUGAAGGCUCAGAUCUUAGCCGGCGGCCGGGGCAAGGGCGUGUUCGACAGUGGCCUUAAAGGUGGAGUGCACUUAACUAAAGAUCCUGCUGUGGUUGGUGAUCUGGCUAAAAAGAUGUUGGGCUUCAAUCUGACCACCAAGCAGACACCUAAGGAAGGAGUCAAAGUCAAAACGGUGAUGGUAGCCGAAGCCCUGGACAUUAGCCGAGAGACCUACUUUGCCAUUUUGAUGGACCGCUCCUGUAAUGGGCCAGUGAUGGUGGGAAGUCCCCAGGGAGGUGUGGACAUUGAAGAAGUAGCUGCUAAAACCCCAGAACUCAUCUUCAAGGAAGUCAUAGAUAUAUUUCAAGGUGUUCAAGAUGAGCAGGCACUCCGCAUGGCAGCUAAUUUGGGUUUCAAAGGACCUCUGCAGCGACAGGCUGCAGAUCAGAUUAAGAGGCUCUAUGAUCUGUUUCUGAAAGUCGACGCCACACAAGUCGAAGUCAAUCCUUUUGGAGAGACUCCCGAAGGACAAGUGGUUUGCUUUGAUGCCAAAAUCAACUUUGACGACAAUGCGGAGUUCCGUCAGAAGGCAGUGUUCGCCAUGGACGACAUGAGCGAGAGCGACCCCACCGAGAUGCACGCGGCCAAGUGGGACCUCAAAUAUAUCGGGCUUGACGGAAACAUCGCCUGCUUUGUAAAUGGAGCAGGAUUAGCCAUGGCAACUUGCGACAUCAUUGACCUGCAUGGAGGAAAACCAGCCAACUUCUUGGAUUUGGGUGGAGGAGUGAAGGAAAGACAGGUCUAUGAGGCGUUCAAACUCCUCACUGCAGAUCCAAAGGUUGAAGCCAUCCUAGUCAACAUCUUCGGAGGAAUUGUGAACUGUGCCAUCAUCGCCAACGGCAUUACCAAAGCCUGUCGAGAACUGGAGCUCAAGGUGCCGCUGGUGGUUAGACUUGAAGGAACCAACGUUCACGAAGCCAAGAGGAUCCUAUCCGAGAGCGGUCUGCCCAUCACAGCUGCAGAUGACCUGGAUGACGCCGCCAAGAAAGCCGUUGCCGCCAUCCGGAAAUGACCUCCUCGCUCCCAGCCCUCUGGUUUAACACUAGCACCGCAUUGCUAGUUUGUCUAGUCUGUGCUAAUGAAACACUAGAUUAACGCCCGAGCAGAGGUGCAGGUGUUUGCAUUGGGAUCAUGAUGAAGUGAAACCAUGUGACUUUACACUUGUGCAUUCCAUUCAUGCUAAGAUCCUUAUGUUGUUGCCUUUGUCAGAUUAUGAUUUCAUAAUUGUAUUUUAUUUGAUAAUUUUUUAUAUCUAUACAAUGGAAUUUAUAAAUUUUAAGCCAAAUGUGUGAAAAGUAGCCAUCAUCAUCAUCAAGAAGCCUUUUUCUGUGCCUUUUGUGUGCGCUCAGAUGGUGCUUUUUGUAAAUCAUGUCUUAUAUGGGUUACUUAAUGGAAAUGUGCCAACAAUACCAAGGCAACUCUUAGAAAUAAUAAAUAAAUAAAUAAAAAAAAGGAUAAGCGGAAGAAAAUGGAUGGAUGAAUGGAUAAAUAAAUAAAUAAGAGAAGCAAUAGUUUCCUAUUAAAAGUGUAAUAGUUAUACUCAGUUUUUAUAAUGGUGAAUGUACAGGAUACAGUUGGUGUGAAAACCAUAUAUAAUUUGACAAUAAAAAAUGAUUUAAAAUGUG